AUGCCUCCCAAGAAUGUCGCCUCUGUGGCGCCUGCAAGCAGAAACUCGUCCUACGUCUCUGGCAUUGAUUUCGGAUCCGAUCACAAACAGGUUCCCCAGGAUAUCAAGGUUGGCGACUCCGAGAACAAUGAUGGCGUGGAGUCGGAACCUGGCCAGCUUAAGCGUCGCCUUAAGAGCCGGCACUUGCAGAUGAUCGCAAUCGGUGGAACUAUUGGAACUGGUCUCUUUAUCACGAGUGGUACUGCUAUUGCGGAAUCCGGCCCCGCCGGUGCCCUGAUCGCAUACAUCUUCGUCGGCUCAAUCGUCUUCUCUGUUAUGGUCUCCCUCGGUGAGGUCGCGACCUUCAUCCCUAUUCCCGGUGCCUUCACUUCCUACGCUGCUCGUUUGAUCGAUCCCAGUCUUGGUUUUUCCAUGGGUUGGAUCUAUUGGUUCAAUUGGGCUUCCACCUUCGCUGUCGAACUUACCGCUAGCGGAACGAUUAUACAAUAUUGGCGGGAGGAUUUGAAUAUUGCCAUCUUUAUCGGAGUCUUCUGGGUCAUAAUCACAGCUUUGAACUUCCUGCCUGUCGGAUUCUAUGGCGAAGUUGAGUUUUGGUUCUCGACAAUCAAGGUUGCCACAGUUCUUGGCUUCAUGAUCUUUGCGAUUUGCGUUGAUUGCGGUGUCGGAUCGCAGGGCUACUUGGGCUUCCGCUAUUGGAGAGAACCCGGUGCUUUUGCCACUCACCUUAUCUCGACCCCCGAAUCACUGGGCAAGUUUGUCGGUUUCUGGGCUGUCCUGAUUCAAGCUGGUUUCUCUUACCAGGGAACCGAGCUGGUUGGUAUCGCGGCUGGAGAGACUGAGAACCCCCAGAGGACUGUCCCCUCGGCUAUUCGCAAGACCUUUGUCCGAAUUGGUCUUUUCUUCGUGUUGACCAUCUUCUUCAUCGGCUUGGUUGUGCCCUAUACCAACCCACGCCUCGCGACUGGCGACAGCAACGCAUCUUCCUCACCAUUGGUCAUCGCAGCUGAUCUUGCUGGCAUUGGCGUUCUGCCAAGUCUGAUUAAUGCUGUUCUUUUGACUGUCGUCUUGUCCGCAGCCAACUCCAAUGUAUACAGUGGUAGCCGUAUCUUGACUGGUCUCGCUCUCGAGGGCUUUGCGCCCAUGAUCUUCGCCCGUGUUACCAAGAAGGGUGUUCCCUACGUCAGUGUGGCAUUCACCGCUGCUUUUGGUCUCCUCGCUUUCAUGAACGUGUCCAACAACGCCGGAACUGUUUUCAACUGGCUGGUCAACCUUUCCAGUGUUGCUGGCUUCAUCACCUGGUCCUGCAUCAACGCUUCUCACAUCGCCUUCAUGCGCGCUUGCGCUGCCCGUGGAAUUUCCCGUGACGACCUCCCUUACAAGGCCAUUGGCCAGCCUUACCUCGCUUGGUACGGUCUGUUCUUCAAUGUCCUGAUCGCCCUCACACAAGGAUUCACCUCAUUCAUCCCCACCUUCAAUGUCUCUGAUUUCUUCAUCGCCUACAUUUGCGUGAUCAUCUUCGUUGUGCUCUAUGCUGGUCACAAGCUGUGGACUCGCUCCCCCUUCAUCAACCCUGCCGAAGCCGAUCUGGAUACUGGCCGGAUUGAGUUCCAGAAGGAGACCGAGAUUCCUCAGGCGUGGUACUGGCGUGCGUGGGGUUGGCUCACCAAGUAG